AUGAAUUCUCUGAAUAAACUCAACUUGUGUCCCCUUCCAACCCUGCGAUGGUGUACAAUCGAUCAGUGGGAAAUGGAGAAGUGUCAGAAAAUGGCGAACGCAUUCGGUGCAAAGGGGAUUCAGCCGGACCUCAAAUGUAUCCAGAGUCAGUCAACAACCGACUGUAUGCGGCUCAUUCACUCCGGCUACGUUGACAUGGUGAGCGUGGACGCUGGGGACCUCUACACCGCUGGAAAAUUCUACGAUCUUGUGCCAAUCGUAGCCGAGACAUAUGGCAUAGGUCCGUUCUACUAUGCUGUGGCGAUCGCAAAAAAGGCCGAUCCUCGUAUUCUGAUAUCCAACUGGAAGUUUGCCAGAACAUGUCAUAGUGGUGUUGGCAAAGCAACGGGAUGGAUAAUCCCGUUGAACGUAAUCCUGGACACUGUUCAAGUUCGUGUGCUCGGCGGCCAUCUUAUUCAUUCAUUCAGUAAGUCCUUUGCUCAGGUUAUCGCAACUCAUUUUGUGAGUUGUUUGUGGAAAUUUUCACUGAAAUCAAACUAA